GGCCGCCGUUGGUUCAUUUGCAUCUGUUCUACAAUUCACCGGUGAAUCCUUUCAGUGUCACUCUUCGACUGUCUCGCUUGAGACAAUACCAAGAUAUCGACAACUUCUCGCCACAGUUACCUUCUUUGCUAUUUUCUAUUUUGACAUUUACCUCUCCUCUUGUCUCGAAUCGUCCCUUCUGACCUCCAAAAGUCCUCACCACCAUGGCGAAUCCCGAUCCUGCAGAACAGAACGCCUUGAUCGCACAGUUCACUGCGAUCGUGGGGACAUCUUCCCGACAAGCUCACCAGUUCCUUGCCGCAAACGACUGGGAACUUGAAGCUGCUGUGUCGAAUUACUACGCCGCCCAAGAAGAUCACACCGAGGACAAUGCCGACGAAUCAGACUAUGUCGAUGAAGAGGAUCCAGACUCCUCGCAUCAAGCUCAAUCCCAACCUCCACAUCCUACAUUUGGCGCGGGUCGGAGAUUAGGGGAGGGCUCUUCAGAUUCCCAACCCGUGCCUGAUGCCCCUGCCUCCUCUUCGAGCUCCUCUCAGCGCAACAACAACCCAUCUACGCAAAAGAAGUUCGCUACUCUCGGCGACUUCUCUUCAGGUGGUGCGAACGGCGACGACUCAGAUGAUGAUGACAAACAAGAUCUGUUUGCUGGAGGCGAGAAGUCAGGCCUGGCGGUGCAGAAUCCGGACGACCUGAGAAAGAGAAUCCUGGAAAAGGCUCAGAAGCGUGGUCCUCCACCAAAAGAGGCUGCACCCAAGAAAUCAUUCUUUACCGGUUCAGCGCGCACACUGGGAGGCGAUGAUGCACCGUCACGUGAGAUCCCCGCUGCGCGUCAACCUCGUGGCAGAGCCGAGCGAGUCGAACGUGUGCUGCAUUUCUGGCAGGAUGGCUUCAGUAUAGACGAUGGAGACUUGUACAGAUUUGAUGACCCCAGGAAUGCUGAGAUUCUCAACUCCAUCCGGCAGGGACGGGCACCGCUGAACAUCAUGAAUGUCCAGCCUGGUCAGGAAGUGGAUGUGGAAAUCAAGCAACACGAAGAGAAAUACGUCAAGCCUAAGAAGAAGUACAGGCCAUUCGAAGGAUCCGGUCAACGUCUGGGCAGCCCCACCCCUGGAGUUCCUUCGAUGCCUGGAAGCUUCACCUCCGAGACUACGGCGCCGGCACCUGCACCUGCCUCUGCAGCUCCUCCGACGAGCGAAGUGGAUGAGUCGAAGCCAACCGUCACACUGAGAAUCAGUUUAGGCUCAGGUACGAGACUGACCUCGCGCUUCAACACGACCCAGACUAUUGGAGACGUAUAUGACUUCGUUCGACGAGCCGAAUCGGGCGGCAGGGACUUUGUUCUGCAAACCACCUUCCCAACAACAGAUCUCACGGACAAGUCCAAAGUGCUCGGGGAUAUGGCAGAGUUCAAGAGAGGAGGUGCUGUUGUUCAGCGAUACAUCUAAAUCAGCGCGAGCAUUGCAUCACGUCGGAGUUGAGACUGGACACGAGCUUUGGGAACGGCCCUCAGCAGAAACUGCAAAUUUGGGAGCUGCCAGCAGUCUGCUCCAGGAUGAGAGUAUGAACAUGAGCAUGGCAGCAACCAUGAUAAAAAGCUUCCUUGUGAUUGAGAUAUUAGAAAUAGAAAACACCGCAUCAAAGCAACCUCUUCUUGCCACCCUCAAAGGUCGAUCUCCCAUGUACGUGAG